AUGGCGGCCACUACUGUGUCAGUAACACGGAAUAAAUGGCCUCGCCCAGAGAUUGGGGUGGUUGGGGCAACUGUUCUUAGUGUGUUUCUCCCUCCUCCUGUCGUUGAUGUCUCGGUGAAAGGACCGCAAGAUCAUUCGAUGGAUCAACCGACUGAAGUUCACCCCACUAUUCCGGUUGUGGUCGAACCAGUCGUUGUUCCAUUGGUCGAGGGUCCUGCAAUUCCAAGGUCGGUUGUUACUCUUGUGGUCGGCCCAGUAGCUGCUAUUGUGAGGAAGGUGGCAACUUUGGCUGAGAAGAACCCUUCCCCAAGUCCAAAAAAGAAACCAAUAAUUGUUGUUGAAGAAGAGCCUUCAUGGGAAGUCGAGCUCGAUGCUCUCCUCUCGAGUACUUCUAGAGUAGCCGGGCCUUUUGUCGCAUCGACCGAACCUUCUGCGAUUGCUACCGAAUCCAAUGUCUCCGCCAAGUUGCAGGAACUCCUAUCCUUUUCGGCCUCUCAAGUCCUUUAG